UUCAGGCCAAGAAGGAACGCGUGGCUAAGAACGAGCUGAACCGGCUACGGAACCUGGCCCGAGCGCACAAGGUCCAGAUGCCCAGCUCGGCCGGCCUGCACCCUACGGGACACCAGAGUAAGGAGGAGCUGGGCCGCGCCAUGCACGUAGCCAAGGUCUCCACCGCUUCGGUGGGGCGCUUCCAGGAGAGCCUGCCCAAGGAGAAGGCGCCCCGGGGCACCGGCAAGAAGAGGAAAUUCCAGCCCCUCUUUGGGGACUUUGCAGCUGAGAAAAAGAACCAGUUGGACCUACUUCGAGUCAUGAACAGUAAGAAGCCUCAGCUGGACGUGACGAGGGCCACGAACAAGCAGAUGAGGGAGGAGGACCAAGAAGAAGCUGCCAAGAGGAGGAAAAUGGGCCAGAAGGGCAGGAGGAAGGGGGGCCGGCAAGGACCUGGGAGCAAGAGAAAAGGCGGACCGCCGGGCCAGGGAGAGAAGAGGAAAGGCGGCUUUGGAGGCCAGAAGCAUUCCAGGCCUUCUGGUUUAAGUGGGAAGAAGAAAGGAGUGUCACACCAAGGUGGGAAGAGGAGGAAGUAGUUUUCUUCCCACUGGACCUGUUCUACAUAUCAAGGACUGUCUGUACUAAGGGUUAAGUUGUGCACAGUGCAGGCCGCUGCCGUCGUUGAAAUUGAAAGGACGGUUUUGCCUCCCUUCAGGACAGUCAGUGAUGGACUAUGAAUUAAUACUUUUCCUACAAUGGAGACAUUGGCUGGAAAUUAAGGGCAAAUUUUGAGAACAUGACAAUUAGAGAAAUGAUAUGGUCAGAACCAGGAGUAAGUUAGCAACUUGCUUUUUUUUAUCUUGACUUUGGAUCAGAUUUCCGGGGUAUAGUAGAUUGGUUUCAGUAUUUUUGCAUUGUUUUAUAACAAAGCUUGUAAACUUAUCAAAGCAGGGAGGAUGGAGAAAACCAAGUCUAUCUGUGUCUUACAAGUAUUGUAAAGGUUACUUAAUAAAAAGUAUGCCAGCA